CUUGUUUGCAACUUUCAGGGACACCAUGAUCGGAGAUCAUCUAGACAGCUAGUCUGAAUCAAGUAGUCACUAAAGCACAGCUGCGGGUCUCGUCACCUGACAGUGGGGGCUGGAUUGUAAGUGACUUGUCAUCACCUAGCGCUCAUUGUCUGUUUUUUGUAUCAUCGUCUGCAUCUACAAUGACAUCGCUUGAAGUCGAGGGUCCAAACUCUGGCUCCCAAACUGAGACCAGCGGUAGCAUUCAAUGUACCUUUGAUCAGCGUUCAAGCUCUCGAGACGAGAGAGUAACAAGGUUUCUAGGUCUGCUCAACACUUGUCCCUACGAGGACCGGAAAAACAGAAAUGAUAGACGAGUUCCGGGAACCUGCGAAUGGUUCACAACGCAUCCGAAAUUCACCCAUUGGCAACAGUGUCCAAGUCAUGAACUCGCCGGUCUACUAUGGGUCUCAGCUGAUCCAGGUUGUGGCAAGUCAGUCUUAACAAAGUACCUGGUAGAUGAGGUCCUUGUUGGCAAUGAGCAGCAGACCGUGUGCUAUUUCUUCUUUAAAGAUGACUUCCCGGAUCAAAGAAAUGCAGUCAGUGCACUGUCAGCUAUCUUACACCAAAUCUUUCUUGCACAGCCGCAGCUUCUAUCAGAUGAAGACGUAAAUAGAGUGCAUAAUCAUGGAGCAAAGCUUCUCCAGUCAUUUCACAUCUUAUGGGAUUUACUCAUGUCUGUGUCUGCUCAGGCAACGGUGGGAGAAAUUAUUUGCAUUCUGGAUGCAUUGGAUGAGUGCCGAGAUCGGGAUGAAUUUAUCGAAGCUGUCAACAAGUUUUACCAAGGACUCUACAAAGACCGGAAGUUGAAAUUCUUGAUGACAAGCAGACCAUAUCCUCACAUAGAGCAUCGAUUUCGGGAGCUGGAAACCGAACUACCGAUAAUUCACCUAAGUGGGAAUGGCGAGGAAGAGGUCCAGCAAGUUUCCCGUGCAAUAGACCUUGUUAUUAGCAAAAGAGUGAGCGACAUUGGUGAACAGAGAUCACUGGAAAAAGAUGAAUGCGAUAUUCUGGAACAGCAGCUGACUGCGGUUGAGAAUCGAACAUAUUUAUGGGUCAGUCUCGCCUUGGACGUACUCGAAAAUAUGCCGGAUUUCACAAAGGGAAAGAUCCGACAGGUGGUACAGCUUCUUCCUACAACUGUUGACAGUGCCUACGAGAGAAUCCUGGAUUGGAGCUCUAAUAAGGAGAAAGCCAAAGUUCUUCUUCAUAUGAUUACUGCUGCUGUACGCCCUUUCUCCUUGGAAGAGCUAUCUAUUGCCUGGGCAAUACACAGCAAUCCGGAUGACACGACUCUCAGUUCUAUAAGUGAUGACAUGAAACCAAAGGAGAGAUUCAGAAAGACCUUGAGGGAUCUGUGUGGACGUAUUGUAGUUGUUCUAGAUGAGAAGAUUUGUCUUCUGCAUCAAACUGCGAAGGAAUAUUUGGUCCAGAGCACCAAAUCCACAGUGAAUGAUUGCACCUCUCGUGUCACAGGAAGGAAAGGUGCACUCAUACCAGAAGAAUCGAAUAGAAUCCUUGCGCACAUAUGCAUCUCAUGGCUACCAAGAAUAACUGCUGCUCAACGGAAUAUCGAGCGAGGGGACUUCGAUGAGUAUUCCUCAUGCCAUUGGGUUACCCACUACCACCAAGCAAAUGUACAAGAUGGAAGCAUACUGAUCAUGCGCGCGCAGUCAGUCUGUAACCCAAGCUCUGAUGUGUAUCCAGUAUGGUCCAAGCUCUAUAAAUCUGAGGGAAACUAUCUUCCUGGGGGUGAUUCAAGCCUGCUCAUCGCAUCAUUCUUAGGCCUAACUGGUGUGGUGAAGCUUCUGCUUGCAUCAGACUCUAAAGAUUCUGAUCGCCAGCACCCACUGUCCCGGGCAAAGUCAACGAUGAAGCAUCUGCUUAGAACAAAAAGGAUGAAAAUAAACUCCAGGGAUCCAGUGGAAGGCCUGACCCCGCUGUCCUGGGCAGCCAAGAAUGGCCAUAAGGAAGUAGUGAAGCUUCUGCUUGGAACAGGAAAGGUGAAUGUUGACUGUAAGGAUUCAUAUAACGCGACUCCUCUGUCAUGGGCAGCUAUGCAUGGCCAUGAGAAAGUUGUAAAACUUCUGCUUGACACAGGAAAGGUGGACGUUAACUAUAAGGGUUCGGAUGAUCAGACUCCUCGGGAAUGGGCGGCCAUAUAUGGCCAUGAGGAGGUUAUAAAGCUUCUCGAAAAUUACUAA